CUCAUCUCCUCUCGCCCUUCAUUCCCUCAUAACUUGCUUCGCAAGCACUCAUACUCUCAUACAGAGAGAUCCCUCUCUGCUUCUCAACGACUGCCAGGUCUCUCCAUCGAUCUCUCUCUGCAAAUAUUUUGAACAUCAACAGCAAAAAUGAAAGGAUAUGGUUUUUAUUUUUCUAAAUAAAAUGAAAGGGUAUCUAGACACUGCUGAGAUGAAGAGUUUAAGGUUGUUAAAUGCAUCGGUGGUACUGGAGCUUCUCGCAUACUUGUUUAGCCUGGUUGCCCAAAUCUUCUUUUCCAUGUACCUGUUUGUCCGUGUCUACGUGGAUUAUGAACGGGUGAAGAGAUCACAUACUUUUGGGCUACUUUUACUAGAGUUUGUCUUGAACUUGACCCUGUAUUGGACAAGCAUCAAGGGAUUGAAGAAGACGGUGGCGAAGUGGCAGAGGUUGAUGAGCACCACCAGUAGUACUUCAAAUGGUCAAGCUUCUUACUUUGUAUAAGGGAGGUAAUGGUAUUGAAGAGUGAAGUUGGUACAGACACCUAAUUACCUAAACAGGGGGGGGGGGGGGGGGUUGAU